AUGGCGGCGCCGACGGCUCCUUCCUCCUCCUCCUCCACGUCUUGCCACGGCGAGCCCAACCCCAACACGGCAAAUUUACGGCCACCUGCAUCAAGCUAUGACUGGAGUGGGGUUGCACACGGAUGUACGAGAAAGCUCGGGAUGAAGAUAUGUGGAUUUUUGCAGAAGAACAACAAUCUUGAUGAAAAGAGUCGGAUUGUGGCUUCUCUGAAUGAACAGUCAUCACCACAGAAGCUGGGUUUACAGGCCUCACACUUCAGGCGUGCUGAGAUAGACUUCUCCAACCUGUAUGCAAGAGAUUUACUGCCUGCCAAGAAUGGUGAAGAGCCUACAAUCCAGUUCCUGCUGGAAGUGGUAGAAAUCCUCACAAACUAUGUACGGAAGACAUUUGACAGAUCCACAAAAGUGCUGGACUUCCACCAUCCACACCAACUCCUAGAGGGUAUAGAGGGCUUUAACUUGGAGCUCUCAGACCAACCCGAGAGCCUGGAGCAGAUACUAGUUGACUGCAGAGACACACUCAAAUAUGGUGUCAGGACAGGUCAUCCCAGGUUUUUUAACCAGCUGUCUACCGGGCUGGACAUCAUUGGCUUGGCUGGGGAAUGGCUCACUUCAGCCGCAAACACUAAUAUGUUCACAUAUGAAAUUGCACCAGUGUUUGUGUUGAUGGAACAGCUGACUCUGAAAAAAAUGAGGGAGAUUGUUGGCUGGCCAAAUGGAGAAGGAGAUGGAAUAUUCUCUCCAGGAGGAGCGAUUUCCAACAUGUACAGUGUGAUGAUAGCUCGCUAUAAGCACUUCCCUGAGGUGAAGACUAAAGGCAUGACCGCAGCCCCCAGGCUUGUGUUGUUCACUUCUGAGCAUAGUCAUUACUCCAUAAAGAAAGCCAGUGCAGUUCUUGGCUUUGGGACAGAGAACCUUAUUCUGCUGAGUACAGAUGAGAGAGGUAGAGUCAUUCCUGCUGACCUGGAGGCCAAGGUCGCUGAUGCCAAACGCAAGGGCUAUGUUCCAUUUUUUGUGAGUGCCACAGCCGGUACUACAGUUUACGGUGCUUUCGACCCCAUCAACGAGAUUGCAGAUAUCUGUGAGAAAUAUAACAUGUGGCUCCAUGUGGAUGCAGCAUGGGGAGGUGGACUGUUGAUGUCCAGAAAGCACAGAUACAAACUUAAUGGCAUCGAGAGGGCAAAUUCUGUCACAUGGAAUCCUCACAAGAUGAUGGGCGUUCCACUACAGUGCUCUGCUAUUCUGGUCAGAGAGAAGGGACUUCUGCAGGGCUGCAAUUCUAUGUGUGCUGGUUAUCUUUUCCAACCUGAUAAACAGUAUGAUGUGUCCUACGAUACUGGAGACAAGGCUAUACAGUGCGGCCGGCAUGUGGACAUCUUCAAGUUCUGGCUCAUGUGGAAGGCAAAGGGUACCAUUGGAUUCGAAAAGCACAUAGACCGGUGUCUGGAGCUCUCAGAGUAUCUCUAUACUAAGAUCAAAAACAGAGAAGGCUAUGAGAUGGUGUUCCAGGGACAGCCUCAGCAUACUAAUGUGUGCUUCUGGUAUAUUCCACCGAGCCUGCGUGGCAUGUCAAAUGAAGAGGAGAGGAGGCAGAGGCUCCAUAAGGUGGCUCCUAAAAUCAAGGCAAUGAUGAUGGAGUGUGGCUCAACGAUGGUGGGCUACCAGCCUCAGGGUGACAAAGUCAACUUCUUCAGGAUGGUCAUUUCCAACCCUGCUGCCACCAGGUCAGAUAUUGACUUCCUGAUCGAUGAGAUUGAAAGACUGGGCCUGGAUUUAUAA